GAUCGACUGGAGUACUGGACUGAUGGGUGGAUCGAUCACAUCGGCGCGCUCCUGACAGCGACGCGGUUGCUCUCCUCCCCGCAACCCGGCCGGCAGCCGUGACGGGCUGCCGGUGAGCACGACGUGUGGCCUGACCGCGGCGCAUGCCAGCGAGCCUGGCUGACGAACCAACCCAUCCCCGUGGCCGUAGACCCGGCCGUGCCAUUGCCGACUCAGCCUCGGCCCCUCCCUAGCUACCCUCGUUCCGCGCACCAGCUGCCCUUUCGCUGCUCAUAAAAUCUCACUCCUCUCCCCGCUCGUCCUCGUCAGUCAUCACCCUACUGGAAGUCUGGAACUUGCUGCUGCUAGCAGCGUCCGUCAGUCUCAGUCCCGCACCCCCAAAAACCUCGCCUUUCGAGUCCCCAAAUCACUCGCCCACCGAAUCGCCUCCAGAUCACAAGCACCGAUCGCCCCCGCUGGCGCCGACGCCGUCGCCGUCGCCGUUGCCGCACCAGAUCUGACGACGAAAGAAGGCCAAGGCAAACUAGCGCUGGUCGAAUCUUUACCCGCCCGCGUGGCCGUGGAGUAAUUGGCACCCCAGAGCGCGCCGGCCCAAUGCGGGGCGCCGGCGCUGGGGCAUGGUAGGCCCGGAGGCGGGGGCAGCAUCGGGAUGGAGGCCACCGGCGGGGAGGGGCGCAAGCGGGGCCGGGUGAAGGAAGCCGACGGCGAGGAGGCGCAGGCGGACGCCAAGCGGCGGAUGGCGCUCACGCCGUGGGCACAGCAGCACCCGUCGUCGCGGAUCUACCGCGUCUCGCGGGCGUCGGGGGGAAAGGACCGCCACAGCAAGGUGUACACGGCCAAGGGCAUCCGAGACCGCCGGGUCCGCCUCUCCGUCGCCACCGCCAUCCAGUUCUACGACCUGCAGGACCGCCUCGGCUACGACCAGCCCAGCAAGGCCAUCGAGUGGCUCAUCAAAGCCGCCGCGGCAGCCAUCGACAAGCUGCCCUCGCUCGACGCCGCCGCCGGGUUCCCCUCCCACCCCGCGUCCGCCGCCGCCAAGGAUGCGGCGCCGGAGGGCGCUGCGGACCAAGGUUCCCUGCACGACCAGCAGCAGCAGCUCACGAGAUCGGGGUGCAGCAGCACGUCGGAGACCAGCAAGGGCUCCGUGCUCUCGCUCUCCCGCUCCGAGAAUCGAGUCAAGGCCAGGGAGCGCGCGCGCGAGCGGAGCGCCGUCGCGAGGGACAAGGACAAGGAACCUGGCGACGACGCCGCCACCGGGAGACGCGCCGCGGCCAGCACAUCGGCGCAGGCGGCUUCCUUCACGGAGCUGCUCACGGGGAUGGCCGCGGCCACCGCCCCCGCCGUUGCCGAGCACAAGCAGCAGCAGUCGUCCUCGUGGCAGCCGAUGGCUGUCUCCGAGACGGCCGACUACAUCGGGUUCGCGCAGCCCCAGAAAGCCGGGCACGCGUUGGCGCACACCUUUGCCUCCCCCGCUCCCCACCUGGGCAACAUUGCGCCGCUCUCCAUGGCGCCGGCGCAGCAUUUCGGCUUGGCGGGUGGUGCCGUCACCGUCGCCACGGGCGGCGCCGGAGGUGAGCCGCACGCGGAGAUGACGCAGUUCUCUUUCUUGCAGGACCACUUCAUGCCCGUCCACGCGGUGGCGGCGUCAGGUCCCGCCGGAGACUACAACCUCAACUUCUCCAUGUCCUCGAGUCUUGUGGGCGUCAACAGUAGGGGGACCCUUCAGUCCAAUUCACAGCCGCACCUCUCCGGCAACCACCACCACCAGCUCCAGAGGCUGUCUACUCCACUGGACGCUCCAAACAUACCCUUCCUGUUCAGCCCGGCCGCUGCUGCGACCACGCUGUCCAUGGCGGAGAGCCAGUUGGCCGCUUUCCAGCUCUGGAACGGGUUCCAGCACGCAGACAUGAAGGAGAAGGGCAAGAACUGAUCAAGGGCUGCGCAAUACAGUGCUUCUCUGGAUGGAUGUGAAGACUGAAGACUUCAAAUAAUUGCAACCUAUUUCUUUGAGCAUCAUCCGUUGCUUGAAGCUGCCAAAAGUGCAUUGGGGAUGAUUCCUUUCUUGGAAGUAGAUCACCGUUCAGACAUCUACUCUGGUCAUCGCCGUUACUCUGACAUCUUCUGCCUUUUCUUUUCUGCUGCCUGCUGUUGUUGUAUUCAUUUUGUGGAGGUGAGAUUUUCGGUGCAAGACUUGCUGGAGUGCCCUAUCAGAAGCCAUUGUAAUCCUUUCCAUUCUAAACUGACAUUUACCCCUGACAUUUUUAUGGUUCUUGGUUGUGUGUUCCGAGAAGAGAACUCGUGAUCCAAUUUAUCAGAUGCAGUCAUCUGUGGUCAAGUCUGUUCCCCUGUUGUGUGCUGAAUACACAGCUCUACUGAGUCUGAGAUGUAAAAUUAACUUUUCUCCGGUGAUUAUUUUGUACUGCUCCCUGA